AUGGCAGGGGUUCAGGUCCGAGCAACUCGACUUGCACACGUCGUCUACCAGCAUGUGGACAUUGACAAAGCUCUUGCAUUUCUUAUCGAUUUUGGGUUUGUGGAGGUGGAACGCAAGGGUGCCCGAAUCUACCUUGGCGGCUACGGGGAACAGCCGUUUCUCUAUGUGCUAGAAAGAUCUCCCGACGGGGAGAAACAUUUUGGUGGCGGGUACUGGGUUGUGGAUAGCAUGGAAGAAUUGAAAAAAGCAGCUUCAUACACGGGCGCGAUGCCUAUCGAAGAUAGCGAUGCUCCUGGUGGCGGUAAAGUUGUGGUGAUAAAGGACCCUAACGGCUUCGACUGCGGCUUCGUCUACGGCCAGAAGCUCCAGGAGAGAUGUGGGCCGGCCACUACCCUUCAGGUUAACGAAUCGGCACUGAACACGGUGGAUGAGAAGCCAAGGAAAGGCUCUUUUCGACGAUUCAAGAAAGCGCCGAGUCCCAUUCAUAAACUUGGUCAUUAUGGUUACGGUGUCCCUGCGAGCAAGUUUGAGAGCACAUACUCCUGGUAUAUGAGUGUCCUGAACCUGAAGCUCAGUGAUACGAUCUUUGACAAGGUCACUGGCAAGGACGAGAGCUGCUUCUUUCACAUAGACCUAGGUCCCGAGUACACUGAUCACCACGUAGAUGUGACAAAUCGUGAUGAAUAA